AUGACUUGGAGAAGCGUUAAAAAAUUGGGAAAUAUCUUUAAUGAUGCUCGGUCUUCCUCAAAGAUCGUUAAAUCUCAAAAUACUGCCAUAUCUUCCCGUGACUCUUUAACUAAUGAUAACAAUCCGGUUUCUUCCUCAAAUAUUCAAGAUUCUAAUUAUGUUGCCUAUAGUUGUGGUACGCGUUCGAGUUUAACUGAUAUUCAUAGUGAAUUACGUGAUGCGAGUGAGUUGCUUUAUCUUCAGCUGCCCGAAGAUGUUAAAUUGGUUUUGGAUAGAGUUCGGAAUUUACAGCGUGCUGAAAAUUCU